AUGCUGCUGCUGCUGCUGGGGGUGGGGGUGGUAGACGAGGGGGAAGAGGAGGAUGCCGAGGGGGCGGUGCCCCACGUAGAAAGCAUGGUGAAGAAGAAGAAGGGAGAGGAGAAGGAGGAGAAGAAGAAGAACCAGGGCAGCGGCCCCAUGUCCACGGGGGGCGUGGCCCCAAUGGGACUUUGUCCCAGAAACAACGCCGCCGCCAACGCCGACCCCAAAAAGGGGGAGGAGAAGGAGAAGUCCGACGAGGAUAUGGCCGAUCACGGCCAAGACGACGACGACGACGACGACGAUGACGAUGACGAUGACGAUGACGAUGAUGUUUUGGCGGUUGCCACACCGGCGCCGCGGGCCCGUGUGCCCACCAAGGGUGUGCCCUCCGGGGCGAACCUUCGCCGUCGUGGGAAGAAAUAA